AUGACAGAGGUGCUCCUUGGUCCCGAUUUAGGCACAUCACUUCAGCCAGACAAGGUUCCAGAAAAUUCUCUGAAGAAUGGAGCACCACGUUCUGAAUUCUUUUUGAUGACUGGGGAUAAAAUGAUUAUUUUAAGCCAUAAAUUAUCUCCACGAUACGCAGAGAUGCAUUACGAACAGUUGCCACCAACAACAGAAACUGCAGAUUUACUUGCACCAAGAAAACCAUUUGAUGAUUUUCCUACGUUAAUGCAAGAAAACUCAAGGGCUAGAAGAUUCAGUCCAGAAACAGCAGUCCCUGCAUCACAGUCUGAAAGCGGAUUGCAUGAAAAGGAACAUCUUCAGGAUAUGAUCAAUGAUGAAAAGAAUUCUUCGGUCACGGUAAAUAUGGAUAGGAAUAAUCAGUGCGUCCUGGUCCGCGAAAAUGGAUCUGUAGCUACUGUUUCAUUAUCAUCAAAUUAUAAUAAUUUUGUGAUUCCUCAUAGUCCAGAAAUCAAGCGUUCUGUCACUGUAAAACCAUUUGAAGCCAGUCAUAGUGAACCAAACAGUCCUGCAAAGGCAUCUGUUCCCAUUUUAAACAAUUUUGUAUCAACAGUGAGAUGUCCAUCUCCUUCAGAUUACGAUAGAAUAUCAGAUUUUGAUACCGAAGCGCCCAUACGACUUGCCAAAAGGCUAUUUACAUUAGAUGGUUUUAAAAAAGAAGAUGUUGCUGCACAUUUGUCGAAACUGAAUGAAUUUGGCAUAUCAGUUGCUGAAGAAUACUGCACUUUGUUCAAUUUUUCGGGGAUUCGGUUAGAUGCAGCGUUACGUGAUUUUCUAUCGAGGUUUUUUCUGACUGGGGAAACUCAGGAAAGAGCUCGUAUCAUCGAACAUUUUGCUAAACGUUAUCAUGAAUGCAAUCCGACGCUCUUCAAAAGCAUAGACCAAGUCCAUGCGCUGACCUGUGCUUUAUUACUGUUGAAUUCGGAUCUUCAUGGUCCGAAUGUUGGAAGGAGGAUGUCUAGUCGAGAUUUCGUGGAUAAUCUGGGCCAAACAGACCACAUUUUUGACUGUUCUCUGUUGAAAACUUUAUAUUUAGCUAUCAAAGAACAACCUAUUAAAUGGGUUGGUGAAUUAAAUGCACUAACUAAUGAUGUAUCAGUGUUAGAGGAUACUGCUUCGCAAUUAUGUGAAAAAAAAAAAAAGGUUUUAUCAAAAUCGCGGUCAACAGUGGGUGACGAUGAUCAGAUUGAGUAUAAAUCUGGUUGGGUCGUGAAGAAGUGUUUAUUUGACAGGGAUGGAAAACGAACUCCAUUUGGUCGCCGUGGUUGGAAGAUGGUUUAUGCUCGACUUCGUGGAAUGGUUCUAUAUUUGCACAAAGAUGAAAACGGUUUCCGUCGUGGUUUUUUCCAGACUUUCAAUAAUGCUAUUCUCUUACAUCAUGCACUAGCGGAGAAGUCUGAAACCUAUAGUAAAAGGCAACAUGUAUUCAAGUUACGGACGGCUAAUUUCGGUGAAACACUUUUUCAAACAAGUGAUCCAAAUGAAGUACAACAGUGGGUUGAUACAAUUAAUUACGUUGCUGCAGCAUUUUCUUCUCCAGCGCUACCAGCUCCUGUUUCAAAUCAAACUGAUGUUUUUCAUAAACCGUUAUUACCAAGCGCGCCAUCAAGCUUGUCCAUAUCUGAACAAUUGAAAGUUCAUGAAGAGAAAGAGGAAGAAAUGCGGCUAAGAUUUGAAGAGCUUAUGAAAAAAGCACCUUCUUUAAAAGCUAAGGGUCAUGUUGUACAAGAAUUUUUCUACAAAGAACAUUUUCUGCAUCAGGAAAAGAAACGUUAUCAACGCUAUGCCGAAAUUUUGCGUGAACAUCUUAGCGCUCUCUCACCAUCACAUUCUAUGGCAAUACGUGUUGACCCUCUCAUAGGAAUCUAUCGAAUGGGUGAUACUCGAAGGUCACCUGGUACUAUGCAAAGCAAAGUAGUUGGAUAUACAGGUGUUGUUGAGGAAGAGCCAGAGGCAGAAGCAAAGGCUGAAAAAGCUGAAGCGGAAGAUUCUGAUUUAGAAUCCAUUAAUUCAGAUACAAGCACUAGCCGAUAUAGUUAUCAGGAAGCAAUAUUGCAAAAUCCAGGUUCUUCUUUGGUUUUGUCUAAGUGA